ACGGACGAACGUUUCGCGCGGAGUAAAUUCAGCAUCGUAAAUAUGAAUUUCUUACUUAUACAUACAGUGUAAGUAAUAAAUAUACACGCAUACAUAUGUAAAGAAUUUCUAUUCGUGUGGAAAUAAUGAUGAAUACGCUCAUAAAUAUAUUUUUCAACGCCCAACGGAAUUAUACGUUUAUGCUGCGAAGCUGGAAGACCUAUUAUCUAACGUAAACCGCCUCCCUCUUUAACUAAUUGCGGCACUAUUGGCGAUGUUCCUGGUAGGAGUUCGGAACGAACCGCAAGGCCCGGCCUAUCUUCCACCCGGCCCUCGGACUGGACCCACUGGAGGAGGCGGUCAUCCAGACGAGUGGGCCGGUGAUCCGGCGAACUAUGAGUUUUCGUACGAGGUCCAGGACGCGGCAGCGGGUCUGGACUUCGGGCAUCGCGAGAUGAGGAAGGACCUGGAGGCCACCGGGACCUACCACGUGCUGCUGCCGGACGGCAGGACCCAGAUCGUCGAUUACAUCGCCGAUCAGAACGGGUAUCGGCCGAUGGUGCGAUACGAGGGAACCGCGACUUAUCCCGCUCCAGGACCGGCGGGACCCGGACAUGAAGAAGGCUAUAGAUAUUAGAUUCUUUAU